AUGACAAGCAAGAUAGACGCAUACGUUGACUGUGUCUCGCCAUACUCAUACCUAGCAGCGCUCCACCUGCAGCGGAAUCGAAAGGCACUAGAGUCCCAUGGAGUGGAAAUUGAGCUCCAUCCGAUCUUCUUAGGAGGCGUCAAUGUUGCCUCUGGAAAUAAACCUCCGUGGACAUUACCCGCCAAAGCAGCAUAUGGCAAAUUCGACAUGCAGCGGGCAUGCAAGUACUUCGAUGUCCCACCAAUCAAGACACCUGAUUUCUUCCCUAUCCUAUCAAUCAUGCCCCAACGCUGCUUGAUCUAUAUCAAGAAGAACCACACCCGCGAACAAUUUGAAAGGACAUUCCUCUCAUUAUCAGAGUGGAUGUACCACAAGAACAUCGAUGUCAGCAAGCCUGAGAAUCUGGCUAACCUCCUUCAGAGCCAUGGCUUCUCAGAUGAGGAGAUCAAGAAGAUCUUAGCUGCGGCGUCUAGUCCGGAAUAUAAGGAAGCGCUUACGGCGAAUACGCAAACAGCACUCGAUCUGGGGGCCUACGGAGCGCCCUGGUUCUGGGUGAGGAAUCGAGAGGGCAAAGAGGAGCCUUUCUUUGGUAGUGAUCGGUUCACAUAUAUGUGGCAAUACUUGGGGUUGCCGUUCCAGGAUAUCGCUAUUAUUGGAGAGAAAGCGAAACUGUGA